AGACGGCAGCAUCUCGCAGUCGUUUUUUGGAGGCACACUGAGCUCACUCGACUCGAAAUAUGUGGGGUACGUUGCCGGCCUUGACUCCGACGGGCUUGUUGAUACCAUGAACGGCGGCGUGGACGGUCCUAUCAACGCGCUAUACUGCGACCAGGGAACUCAGCAGGUGUUUGUCGGCGGAAGCUUCACCAGCACGGUGGAGGGCAUGACGUCUAGCAUUGUCACAAUGCGCUCGUCCUCGACUGGCGGUAUUGCUGUCUACAACGCGACCGCGAAGGCGUGGAAGCAACUGCCCUUCCACGGCGUGGACGGCCCUGUGCACGACUUUGCCCAGAUGCAGGGAAAUGUGUUUGCUGUGGGCGAGUUUUCAUCGACCAACGACAAUGCCACGUACGUAUCUUUGGCCACACAGCCAAUGGACCUGGGCGCAUUCGACAUCGUGGGUGGUAACAGUGGUGAAAUCCUUGGAUUCAAUAACCCGUUCAACGUCAUUUGCACGAACAAGGCAGAUACUGCGGACAACACGUGGCUGAUGCGGGACAAGCUGACUGGCUUCUUCAAGAUCAACUUCCCGUUCAAGGCCACGCCAUCUCUUCUGCGGAUAAUGAACACUGCAUACGAGGGUCGCGGCACCAAGUCGUUCCGCGUAGAGGCUGCCGAGAAUAACCAGGCGCUGACAAUGUCGUAUAUAGAUCCCGAAUCGAGAAUUGAGCAGUUUUGCACGCAAUCUUGUCCGCUGGAACAGAAUUACAACUGGCAAGAGUUCCGCUUUGUUGACGACGAUGUCAUGCUAGCCAACAUCACCGGAGUGACAAUCAACAUUGUCGACUGGUAUGGCAUGGGCGGCGGCUUCAACAAGAUUGAGCUUUACCAAAGAGACCCGCGCAUUUACUCCGUGGACACGUUCAACGGGUCUCCGUGCAGCACCAUGCCGCUCAAACCAUCGUCAAAAUUUACCGGCAACUGGAUCAAGACCACGCCUGCAUCAUACCACGGCACCUAUAUGACCCUUACUGUCAAUGUUGCCGAUGUCGCGUCGGCGACUACCCAAAGCUCGGUGCUGCUUCUAGCACCCUACAUUCCCGAGGCUGGCUUCUACAGGGUGUACAUGAUGAUCCCCGGGUGCCAAAACACCAACACUUGUCAGCAGCGCAGCUCGGCGCAGGUUCUGAUAAAUAUGAACUCCAAGGAGUCGAAAAGGUUCAACGUCGGCCAGUACAAUCACGAUGAUGACGAGUCUAUAGUGGCCACUAUUUACGCUCCCGAGUCUACGAGCCAAUUCUCUGUGACCGUCCAGGUCUCCUUGGAUCCCAAUGGCGCUGUAAAUCCCCAGGCAACCACGGUCGAGCUGGUCGUCGACUCGUUCAGAUUCGAGCGCAUCACGUCGUACGACAACCUCAACGGGGUUAUCGUCGUGAGCCCCGACUUUGAUUCUUACAAGCAGUUGGAAGGGCCGCUGUAUGGGCCGCUCAAUGACACACUUCCCAAUAACAGCGUUGUUUACUCAGUUGCUUCGGGCAAAUCGAACGACGCGGACUCUGCGGAUGUUUUGUUCCUUGGCGGCAAAUUUAUGGGCGCCAAUGCAGACUACUACGGCAUUACUCAGUACCGCGACAACGCCAUCAAGCCGCUCGACAGAAUGGGCCUGUGGGGCACUGUCAGCUCGAUGGCCUUUGUUGGAACCUCACUCUUUGUCGGUGGUGCCUUUAAUGGCACGGCUGAUUUCGGCGUUUCGCUAGGCAAUAUGGCCCAAUACAACACCACCGAUCAGCACUGGUAUCAGCUGAACGGCGGCGCUGAUGGGCCGGUUACCAGCGUGGUGCCGUAUUCGCCAUUCGGUCCUAGCGUGGUAGCAUUCAGCGGCAAAUUCAACAACCUGCCGUCCCGCCCCGGCACUACCAGUGCAACCAUUGCUACAACUGGACUCGCGAUGUGGGACGCAUCCACAUCGCAGUGGGCCAGUAUGCCGUACAUAAAGAACACACCUACGCUGCUCUUCGCUGACAGCUGGCAGGACCGGCAAAGCAACGUGGCCCUGGUUGCUGGCUCACUGACGGCUGUCGCGGCGCUGGAAGCCAACGGCGCUGUUCUGCUCUCUUCGGAUGGCGGCAUCAAGUCCCUCGACACUCUCGGCGCUAACCUGUUGCCCGAUCCCCAGGGCCGGCUCCUGGUCAACUCUGGACUGUGGUAUGCCAAGAACAACAUGACUACGUCGAUGCUGAUCGUUGGCGGCCAGUUCCACACCCCCGACGGUGCGACCAACGUGGCCAAGCUGCAAAAUGGUAAGUGGCAAAGGUUGAUGGACGACAUCAACGGCGAAGUGCUGACCAUUAACAACGCGGCCAACAUCCUGUUUGUUGGAGGCGUGGCCAACGUGUCCCAGUCCGCCUCUGGAAAGGGAGCGGGUGGAUUCAGUGGCCUAGUGGCGUACUACAUGGACAAGGAUGAGACCAUGGGUAUCCAGAGUCUGCAGGGUCCCGCCAACAGCGCCCCCUCGGACGUGCGCAUCAACAAGGUGGCCAUCCGAGCCGACACAUCGAUGGUCGUGGUGGGUGGCAACUUUACCACCGCCGGCGGCCUGCUGUCCUGUCCCUAUGUCUGCACGCUGGACAUCAACGAGAGCCAGUGGUCGCCGCUUGUUCCCAGCACGCUGAUCGAUCAGGUCACCGAUAUGCUCUUUGUCGAUAGCAAGCUCGUUGUCGCGGGUAUGUUCAAGAAUGGCACGGCGCCGACCACGUAUCUCAUGGCGUACGACUUUGAGAUUAACAAUUGGGCCAACAUCACUGGAGCCGACAAACUUCCGGGUCCCGUCACGACACUCACCUCUGCCGAUCAUGAGGACAGUCCCGGAAUGUACUAUAUUAUCGGCACGGAGGCCCUGAGUGGCGCCCCUUACUUGGCCAAGUACGACGGAUUGACCAUCAUCAACGCCGACUUUACAAUCGAGCCCCAGAGUACCAUUCGCAGUGUUUUGCUGGUACCCCUCUCUCGCAUUCCCAGCUCUGUUCUCGGAAGCAAAUCAACACUAGGCCGUCGCAGCGAUAUGACCAUCCCCUCUGGUUACGUGCUGGCCGUAUCCGGAGACCUGCACUUGCCUAGCGGCAGGCGCGCGUCCAACGCAUUCUUCUACGACAACAAGUGGGCCGAGUUCCUGUCGACCAUCCAGAGCGACGGCAGCCCUGGCUUCAUUGGCUCGACGUUUUUCGAGAUCCCGCCGACCAACGUGUACCAGCGCAACCGUCUGUCUGUCGCGCUGGUGAUUCUGAUUGCCAUUGCGAUUGCUCUGGGCAUAACCUUCCUCAUUGUUCUCAUCGGUCUAGUGUACAUCUACAUGCGCAAUCGCCGCGAGGCCGCGGCCACCGCGUCUGCCGCAUCGGCAGCGCUAGCAGCCACUGUUGGCGGUGCCGGCGGUGCGGGCACAAACAAGAUUUUGGGCGCGGGAACGCUGGCUGGCGGCACUGGCGUGUCUGACUACCGGCCAAAUGCUGGAGGCAGCGUUUCUGUUGCUGCUGCUGGCGCUUUGGCUGGCGGCGCGCUAGCAAUGGGCACGAAGCGAAAUACUCAGAACGAAAAGCAGCGCAACAUAGCCGGGAACCGCGACACUUGGGGCGAGAACAUGUUCGCUGGCGAGCCCGUAUCUUACAACAACGUUGCUUCUAACACUCUCCGGCUGAACUCUGACUCUCCGGCUGGGCUGGCCGGACUGGCUGUGGCCGGACGGCAGGCAGCAGUGUCCUCAGAGACUUAUGUCAACCACGAUGACAAGAAGCAGAGGGAAACCAAGUUUGCCCAGAAAGAGGACCCCAACGAGAGCCUGGUCUCGAUCUUUGAGUCCAUUGCUGCUGAGGCCGAGGCCGAAGCGGAGGCCGAAGUCCAGAAGGCUAGAGAGCGCGCUGCCUCAGAAAGUAGCAUGGAGGGGGCCAUGGCCAGCAUCGGACCUGGUGCUGCUGGAGUUGGAGUUAAUGCCGCAGCCACUGGAUACCAUAUGCCCAUUGCACGCCACUAUGACAACGACGUAAAUAUGCUUUCUGGCGAUUCUGGGUCAGAGUCCAACCAGUACUCUCGGACCAGCAUGUAUCGGCCCGACUCGACGAAUCCCUUUGAGCAACGUAUGGCUAUGCGCGAGUCGCAGGGACCCUUCCCGCCGGCAGGACCGUUCACUGACACCGACGAUGGCCUUGGCCACAUUCCGAUGCCCAGGGCGUAUCGUAUGGAUGACGAGCACUAUACCGCUGCGGCGCUUGCUGGCGCGUCUCCGGCUGCGGCAGGGCUAGCGGCUGCUUAUUCUGGUAAGACAGACGCGAAGAACAACAGGUAUCGCUCGGAAACCACGAGCACACGCAAUACUGACGCCGCGGCAUCUGUGUCCCAGACGCCGUCAUCGCGACCUUCGGGCGAGUCGUCAGCAGAGAGCUCAUCGGGGCAUCUGCCCAUUCGUGACUCUUUAAAGCAGUAUCCAGUGUUCUAUGCUAAAUUUACAUUCAGCUCGCGCGAGACCGGCGAGCUUGGAUUCCGGGCUGGCGAGCGCGUGUUUGUCAUCGACCAGAGCGACGAGAUCUGGUGGAUGGGCAUUGUCGACCAUGGUGCUGACCAGCCGCUGGAGCAGGGUGUGUUCCCAGCCACGUACGUGAGCAGCGAGCCUCCAAAGUCCACGGACUGGUCCGAGCUCAUGUAAUGAGGGUAGGGCCCUUGGCCUGUGUUGCUUUUUUAAUUUUCAUAAAUAUUUGGUAUUCUCUCGGUUUUUUACAAUUUCUUUUUUUUCUACAUAUACUUUCAUUUUACACAUACAUUUCUUGGACACAAAGUCGCCAGUGGCGUGGGCA